GACACGAUUUGUUUACAAAUGGCCGCGUACAGUGUCGUUCAUAAUCUAACUGAGGAGUACCUCACGUGUCGCAUUUGUUUACAUGCCUACGAUCGACCCCGUCACCUCCAUUGUCAGCAUUCUUUCUGCACCGAUUGUAUACGACAGCUUGUUACGACACCCAUAAAUGAGCGUAAACUCGACAGAUUGACUUGUCCACUAUGCCGAUCCGACGUCAUAAUUCCAGCCAACGUUUCGCAUGACGACUUCGUCAAUACUUUGCCUCUGGAUUCGCUGAUUGUUGACCUACAAACUACAUUAUCUCGCCAUGACCGGAAUCCGGAAAUAACGCCAAUAACAAACAGAGAGAACUGCAGCGAGCAUAUCGGGAGGUCGCUCGAUCAUUACUGUUUUCAUCAUGCGCGUGUAAUAUGUGUGCAGUGCAUCGACACCUUUCACUCGGGAGCGCAUUGUCGCUGUCUGCCAAUAAAAGAUUCUUACUGUGAACUGCAACCUCAAAUAGAUCGUGUGCUACAGAAACUCAAGUCACAGCUUGAUGAAGCAGAACUGGAAACCAUACACGAUCGUUCAUUUGAGAAAAGCAAACAGAAAACAUUAGACGAUAUUACUGAGUUGGAACAGAGGAUAAACAACAUACUCGAAGCCUGCAAGCGACAAAUUUCAGUUCUUCGCUCAGAUGUCGCGAGGUUUAACAGGGAGUACAUUGUGAAAAGAAAAGAAUUCUUUACAGUUGUGCAUUCCUUACUAGAAACCACGACUCAUUUUGAAUAUCUCAAACGAGAUAAGAAAUACAAAAACUUGAUUGAACUGCUGCCGUUUGUCGAAAGUAAAUUAGAAAACGGUUCCUUUCAUUUGGGAUGUUUACCGACCGACAACCAAUCAGUUAAUCUCAAUUUCACUUUGUAUGACGAGGUCAAAGAAUUCAUUCGUCGCUUUUCAGCAGUAGGUUUUGUGGAACUGAAGGGAGUAAAGAGUGCUUUGAACACUGAGUUUUCACAUUUGCAACUGGAAUCAACUAUUUCUGGGGGUACACCUCCUCUCUCUAUCAGCCAUAUCCUAAGCAGGAAAAACUGAGAAUGGCUGAGAAUAAACUUGUCUGUAGUGUUGAUCGGGAAUUUGAUGCUAAACUACCCGAUGAAUUGUCUUGCUACUUAAACAAAAUUGUUUUUCUGCCAUUCACUAACGAUAUAUGUCUAUUAGACAGAGAAAAUGCCAAACUGAAACGAUUUUCUAUUCUUGGUAACAUUAAAGGAUCACUCUCCCUGAUCGACGUCCCCCACUCUAUGUGUUGUAUGCGUGAAAAUGGGAACAUCGUGAUAACAAAACCAGAUAAAUCAAUUUUGGAGAUUGUCGAAACUUCACGAGAGAAAUUUAAUAUUCAGAGAUAUAUCCAGACCGACAAAAAGUAUUUUGGAAUUUGUCAAGUUUCGGAAAAUCGAGUUGCAGUCUCCUCAUGGUCUCAGUCAUGCAUCGAUAUCAUAUCUGUACACGGUAUGAUAGAAGUAUCAAUCUCAACGGAAAUGUUUUUUGCUUCUCCGGAAAGUGUUCCCAAUAUGCUAUGCAUCACGUCAGAGGGCCAUAUCGUGGUAACGGAAGUCAAGAAUAAAGUUCGUUGUAUUUCACAGGAAGGAAAGGAAUUGUGGCAACUAUCUGUGAACGGUCAUAUUGGAGACAUAUCGCGUGACCCUGUAACCAAAACGUUGUACAUAGCAUUGAAAGACGAAGGAACUAUUCUGAGUGUUAGUGAAUCUGGGAGUAGAAUAUCAAAUAUAUUGUCAUUUACGGAUAAAAUCCCAGUUUCUCUAGAUGCAAAUGACCAGAACAUUUGUGUUACAGAUAAAAAUGCGAAAGUCAUUGUAUGCAACAAGAAUUGACUUCAUUGAAAAUGCAAUGUUUUUAAAUAGAAAUAGAAUAGGUCUUUCUUUAUCAUCAUUUAAAAGAAUGUUUAUCGUAUCAGUUUAAAGAUUGUAACAUUUUAGUAUAAUAUGCGUAUUAUACAUAUGUAGAUAUUAAAAACAGGAUUUUUAUUAUAUACAUUUAACGGGUACUUGUUUUUAUUGAUACGCUUAUAGCACACAAUUUUGGCGCUUUUAGCGCUUGACGUUUUUGUUUAAAAAUCAUUGCAAUUAAUUAAUACUGUAAGUAUUGAAUGAUAAGGAAUGGAUUUUUCAGCAUAGUGUGUUAUUGGGUUACCGUUAGGUGUAGAUCACGCUCUGUAUUUCGUGUAUAAACGUACUCUUUAGUACUGUGAUACUCCAACAUAUUUUGCUAUUGAGCUCCUUCCAUAAUUCAUGAUAUUUUAGUGAACCGAUCAAAGAAAGCUUAUCCAGAACUUUUUAUAGUUUAUUCAAUAUAACCAAAGGAUGUUUUAAUUUCAAACGUUCAAAUUAACAGGGUACUUAUUUAAUACACAAUUUUACUCAAUAAAUUUAGAUUUCAAGAAG